AUGAAUGGAUUUGGUUUGCUACUUUGCACGUUUCUCCUUGCAGUUGCUGGUGUGCCGUUGUAUCAGCAGACACAGGUUCCGGUUGCUGACCGGGUUGUUGACCUUCUAACACGCAUGAACAUCCAGGAGAAAAUCAACGAGCUGCACCUUGUCCACGACCAUGUGCCUUUUAUACAAGAAUACGUCAAUAACAAGACAGGACUUGGAGGAAUAAAGAUGGCCGCAUUCUCUGCAGCUGGGGACAGUGCCCUGUCAGUUGUGAAGGCAAGAAAUGAGGUUCAACACAAGCUUAUGAAUUCAUCUCGACUCGGCAUUCCAACGAUGUUUGUACAAGAAUCUUUACACAGUGGAAGUAGUGCUGGUACCAUUUUCCCAAUGCCUUGUCUCAUGGGAGCAUCUUGGAAUCCGGAUCUAAUACAACAGGCAUAUGAUGUAAUAGCUCGCGAGACUCGUGCUAUAGGAGCUGAUCUUGCCUAUGCUCCUGUUCUUCAAGUGUUUACAGACCCUCGAUUUGGUCGAACACAAGAAGGAUUUUCAGAGGAUCCAUUUUUAGUAUCGGUGUUGGGUGCAGCUGCAACAAGUGGAUUACAUGGUGGUGUUACUGGAGGACCAUUGACAUAUAUUGAUCAGAAUCACGUGACAUCGCUAGGUAAGCAUUACGCGGCAUAUGGACAAACACAAGGCGGUCUCAAUGCGUCUCCUGCCGACAUGAAUGAAAGGACUCUACGUGAAGUUUACUUGAAGCCGUGGAAAGCGUAUGGUCAGGCUGGUGGACGAGGAGCUAUGCCUGCUCACAACACGAUAAACAAUGUUCCUUGCCAUUCAAAUGUUUGGUUGUUGGAUACGGUGUUUCGUAAAGAGUUUGGGAUUGAGUAUGGAAUUACGAUCAGUGACUGCAAUGAUAUUGGUGUGCUAGUUGAUUAUCGAGCAGCAGCCAACAAGUCACAGGCUGCUGCCUUAGGAGCUAUUGCUGGUGUUGAUUUGGAUUUGAUGUGUGGCUCUGAUGAUCGCAAGUUCAGUUAUAUACACCUAAUGGAAGCAUUGAAAGAGGGUUUGGUAAAUGAGACAAUUAUUGAUCGACGUGUGAUGGAUGUGCUUGCAGAAAAGUUUGCAGCAGGUUUGUUUGAUAAUCCACUUACUGAUGAGUCACUUACAAAGGAACUUAACAAUGCAACUAGACAACAGUUGGCUCUUAGUCUGGCAGAAGAUGGUAUUGUGCUUGUGCAGAACAAUGAAACUCUUCCAGUGGAGCAUGAAAAGCUCAAGGAGAUUGCUAUUAUUGGUCCAUCGGGGAGCUGUAGUCACUCUCUGAACAGCCACUCUCUUUGUGAUGCUCAACAAUACAUGCUUGGCAGCUACAUUGCUCAGCCGUCACUCCCUUCUCAUUACAUUGACACUCUUUACGACGUCAUUAGUAAUCAGACAAAUUCUUCAGUAAAGUAUUCACGUGGUGCCAACAUUGAUGGACCCACGUCAAACAAAAUGAUUGAGGAAGCAGUCGAUGUCGCUGAAGGUGCCGACCUUGUGGUGCUUGCAGUUGGUGACUCGCUGUCAACAUGUGGAGAGUGGAGGGACCGUGACAAUUUGGAUUUACCAGGUGCUCAGCUUCAGCUCUUGAAUGCAGUUGCAAAUGCUGUGGACGAUCCACAGAAGCUUGUUGUCAUCCUCGUCAAUGGUCGGCCAGCCACAUUUGGUUCUCAAAAUGAAAUUCUAACAAAGGUUGGUGCUGUGCUUGUUGCAUGGAGACCGGGUCAAGCAGGAGCAAUGGCUCUCUGGAAUAUUAUAACAGCAAAGACUGUACCAAGUGGCAAGUUGGCGCAAAGUUGGCCAAGGUGUGUUGGACAAGUUGGUGGACCAUCAUCCCCGUGGUUUGCUUUGAGAGAAGGGAAAUGGAUUGCUAACAAGAAGACAGAUUAUUAUGGUCAAAGUUAUGAUCCUUAUGUUGAUGAGCCUUCCACUCCUCUCUUCCCAUUCGGAUUUGGGUUGUCAUAUACAACGUUUAAUUACACCAACCUUACAGCUAAAGUGGUGACGUCUCAAUAUACAAACCUAUCUCAAGUGAUAGUAACUGCUCAAGUUUCCCUUCUCAACACUGGAAAAGUGGACAGCAAAGAAAUCGUCCAGCUCUACAUAACUGAUCCUGUCAUGAAUCUUGUACGAUAUUGGAAGCGACUCAUUGGUUUCAAAAAGGUAGCCAUAAAAUCUGGAUCAACAGCUACAGUAGAUAUUGAUAUCAAAGGAGAGGAUCUUGCCUUCUAUGAUGAGAAUAUGAUAUUUCGUGUUGUUCCUGGGGAGUAUUUGCUUGCUGCUGGCGGCUCGAGUGUGUAUACUCCUGUUUCCUGGAGAUUUACUAUUUGAUAAUUGGUGGAGCUGCUACGUGUACUGUUUGUUGCUUGUUUUGUGAUUUAUAUCGUGUACCUGUAGAGGCUUGAAUAUCCUUAUGAGUCACAUUUGCGCG